AUGGAGGACGUCGAGUUCAAGGAAGACCAUUCCAACUCAGUGCUGCCUGAGGCUGGCAACGACCCGAGCGACCCCCUGCGCCCAGAGAUUGACGAGGAGAACUCGACACCAAACCCCACAAUCGCCGAGCCGUACCAGGAUAUGGAGGUCACAGAAGACAAGGAGGAGAUGCCCGACAACGACGACAUUCAAGCUGGCCUCUCAGACAACGAAUCCGUCCUCUCAGAUGCGCUGGACGACGAUCAGCUGGACGAGCAGUUUGGCGAGUUCGAUGCAAGCAACAUUGCUAUCGAAGAGCGGGCUAUCGACGAAGACACCGUCAAGCAGAUUGGUGUGCACAAGCGCAAGCGAACCGCAGGCGAAGGUGAAGAGCCGAAGAAAAAGAAGAAGCGCGCCGACAAGCCGCGCCGCAAGAAGAACAAGGAUGGCGAAGAGGGCGAGGGCGCAGACGAUGGCACAAGGAAGAGCAAGCGCUCGAAGAAGGAGGGAGGCGGAAGCAGAGCCCGAGCUGCAUCGCCAGACGACAAUGAAGACCAUUUGACGCCAGAAGAGCGACGAAAGCGCGCACUCGACCGCCAGAUUAAUGCCCUCGUCAAAAGCAGCGCGAACCGUUCCCGAAAGAAGAAGGAUAUCGACCUCGAGCAGAUGGCUGACCAGGAGAUCGAAGAGAUGCGCCGCCGCAUGGCCCAGGCCGCCGAAGCCGACAACGAAGGCCGCAAGCGCAACGAGCCCGCGCGCCACAAGCUCAAGCUGCUCCCCGAGGUCGUCGCCCUGCUCAACACGAACAGGCUCCGAGAAACCAUUGUCGACCCUGAAGUCAAUCUCCUUGAGUCAGUACGUUUCUUCUUGGAACCUCUGAGCGACGGCAGUCUUCCCGCAUACGACAUUCAGAAAGAACUCUUUGCUUCUCUGGCAAGGCUGCCAGUCAACAAGGACACGCUCGUAGCCUCGGGUAUCGGCAAGGUCAUCAUGUUCUACAUCAAGAGCAAGAAGCCCGAGCUUACCAUCAAGCGACAAGCCGAGCGCCUCUUCACAGACUGGACGCGUCCGAUUCUUAGGCGCACGGACGACUACCGCAAGAAGGAGUUUGCUCAGGCUGAUUACGAUCCUACCAAAGUCGCAGCCCCCCGUACCCAAGCUGCCAGCCAAGCCGCCCAAAUCGCCGCAAACCGCAAGAAAGCCCUCGAGGCUCCCAAAGCCUUCCAGCGUGCGCGCAUGGAAGCCGGCCCUACUACGUAUACCAUUGCGCCCAAGAGCAAUGUUGUGUUCAACGAGAGUGGAAGGAGUCGCUCGAGCAACGUGGAUAUUUUGAAGCAGAUCAAGGGCCGUGGUGGAGGCAGGCGUUGA